AUGGCUUCAUCUUUCGACCGCUAUUCUUCUCAUUACCUGGCACAUAGUAUUGAUACGGUGUUCCAGGUGGAAAGUACACUACCGGUGGGUAUUGUGUCUGGGGUGGUCCUUGUGGUGUUUCACAAUUAUCUGGACAUGGUGUCUUUGGUGGUGGUGGGCAUUCAACGAUCGCUGGUGGCAGUCGAGGUGAUGGUGGAGGCGGUGACGGUGGCGGCGGUGACGGUGGUGGGGGGCACUCUACCACAGGGGGCGGUGGAGAUGGUAGAUGUUGACAUGGGUUCUCGCACUCGGUGCACAUUGUGCACGGGACCAAGUCUUUUGCCACAGUUGAAGUGGCUUCUCGGGUGGUAG